ACAGGAAACAGGUCUUAGAGACAGUUAAGUGACGCAUGGCAGCGAAUCUUCGAGCUAUAAAUCCAUUUGAUAGUUUCUCGCCACGCAAACCGGUCGCGUUCACUUGCACAUGAGCGCAGUUAAAGGAGAAAGCUUCGCGAGAGUUACUGUUGUCGCGCUUUAUUUGCGUUUUGUCUGAACAGAGCAUCAGUGUUAGCGCCUUCACAGCUCCGCAGUGAACUAAUUGAUCAGCAUGGUUGUGUUAAAGAGUUUGCAUCCUCCCAGCGAGGGCGUGAGGCUCCAGCAGGCCGACACCACUGCAGUUCUGGACGGGAAGCGGCUGGGCUCAGGAACGCUGUUCGUGGCUGAAGCGCAUCUGUCCUGGUUUGAUGGUUCAGGGAUGGGUUUCUGUCUUGAAUACCCCUCCAUCAGUCUGCACGCGAUCUCACGCGAUCUCAGCGCCUUUCCAGAGGAGCACCUGUAUGUGAUGGUCACUGCAGAACUGGACGAUGAAGCUGAAGCAGAGCAGCAGGAUAAAGCUUCGGAUGACGAGGAGAGCGACAGCGACAGUGAAGACUCGGGAACCAUCACAGAGAUCCGCUUCGUGCCCAGUGAUAAAGCUGCAUUGGAGCCCAUGUUCUCCGCCAUGUGUGACUGUCAGGCCCUGCACCCCGACCCCGAUGACGCCGACACCGAUGAUGACGAUUACGAGGGAGAGGAGUACGACGUCGAGGAGGCUGAGCAAGAGCAGGGUCGGGGUCAGGGCGACAUCCCCACGUUUUACACCUAUGAGGAGGGUUUGUCUCACCUGACAUCCGAGGGUCAGGCCACACUGGACCGGCUGGAGGGGAUGCUGGCUCAGUCCGUGGCUCAGCAGUACCACAUGGCUGGAGUCAGAACCGACGUGCCGUCGGUCGAAUUUGAAGAUGGAAUGGAAGUCGACUCAAGCACAGUUACUGGACAGUUUGACGACGCCGAUGUGGAUCACUGAUGAACUGCGUUUCUGUGCGGCUGAUUGAAGCACUUCAGUGGGGCAUGCUGGGAUACCGGCUGACUCUCAAAGCUCUUAUAGUUUCUGUCUCUCCUUGCUUGAAUUUAAUGGGCUGUUUUACACCACAGCCGUACAUUUCCAGCUCCACGGCCCUCUGUAGCUUCCACUAAUCUAUUUUGUAGUUUUCCCUGAAGACCAGCUUCCAGAACGAUCCUCUUCAGUGGAGUGAUGUUCAUGAGUUUGUUAAAAAUUUCAAUAAAUACAGCUGUUUUUGUACCACA